AUGAAGUGUUUCAUCAGAAAGAGCAUGAUCGUGGACGCUGUGAAGGUGCGCGGCAUUCGGAUCGAGCUGGAAGCCUUGGAGCAGGCGAUCGUGGAGUUGCCGGCGGUGAAGCACUGCGAGGCUCGUGUUCUGGACGGCCAGAGUUUGGUGCUGCUGGCUUCAGGAACUUCAGGGGAUGUUUCGGAGGCGGAGCUGAAAGCGACGGCCGCGUCGCUGGGCCGUGGCUACGUUCUGAGCCAGGUGAAGAUCGUAGAGAACGACGGCUGGAAGUUCAACGCCUCCGGAAAGCUCUUGCGGAAUGUGGUUCCUCUGGAUGAGGAGAUGACUGCGGAGGUGAAGAAAGAUGGCUGGGAGGCCUUCGAUAAGACCGGGGUGUCAGAUCUCGAGCUCGAAAUCGCAGCUUGCUUGGCUCCGCAGCUGAACGUCGCGGAGUGGAGCCGAGACUCCCAUUUCAUGGAAGAUCUCGGCGUCGACUCCGGAGGUUUCGGACGACUGAUCUCUCAGAUGAGGUCCAAGCCGAGGCUGCAGAAGAUCGACCUGCAGAUGCUCUUUGACCGCCCCACAGUUCGAUCGUUGGCCGCCGCUCUUGCUGAGCAGUCAGCAGAAUCAGACUCUGAGGACGAAGUGAGCCUGGAACAGAACCUGCUGGAUUCCUUCCUUGAGGCUGUGAAGGAGCACCCCCACGCCGUCUGCCUCGAGCGGAGCUAUGAGUCAUUGAGCUACUUGCAGCUGCGUCGUCAGAUGAUGGCCUAUCAGCGGCUCUUGCAUGAAGCCAAGCCGUCCAGGGGAAGCGUCGUGCUGCUGUGGUUGACGGUCAGUAUCGUGGCUUUCUUUUGUGAUCUGAAAAGGUGUGUGGCGCAUGUCCGCUGUGUUGCUCUGUUGGCGUUUGCUGCUAAGCAGCAAGGGGGAGGUACCCCAAAUCACAAAACAAAAAACAAAAAGCAAAACAGAAAAACCCAAAACCAUAAACAUGCUUAUUGUGAGUUGCUUGCGUGCGCUCCUAAGGAGCUGGACUUGCUUGGUUGCCAUUGCUUGCGUGUUUCCCUUGUGUGCGUGAAGCUCUUGGCCGAAGUUGCCACAACACUUGACACUGCUGUAAAGGAGGGGGGAGCCACCCCGGUGGCAGUUCCUCAAAAGCCCAAAAACCCUAAAAAUGGCAUAAUCCUGAACCCAAAAACUGUUGAAAGUCGAGACGUAAGUCCUGUUGCGCAAGAGCAGGCCGUCGCUUGUACCCGUAGUUGCUGUGAGCGUGACUGUGUUGUUUGCAGCAAGUUGCUUGUGAAGCUUGACAGUGCAUGCUCGGUUGCAACGUUUGCGGAGGAGCUGUUUGAGCUUGUGUUGCGUGCCGCGCCAGACUUGUCGUUGAACGAGCCGUGUGGCGGUGCUGAGGUGCUUGAGAGUUGUAAAGCUCACUUUGUUGAGCUCGAUGUGCAGUUGUUUUUCGACGUUUUUUGGCCAAAGAACCUUGAAGACGCGCCAGUCAGAGCGUGUGACAAGGAGGCCUGCGAGGGCACCAUCCUUUCUGAGUUGCUUGUGAAGCGCGAAGAGCUGGAGUGUGAGUUGUGUGCCUUGAGCUUGUGUGGCGAGAGUUCGGUUGUAGUCUGCGUGUGCGAAACAUCCUGUCCGGAAAUUCUUGAUGAGGACGCAGUCCAAGAGGGCACGCUGGAGCAGGUGCUGCAGACAAAGAUCAUACCGAGCUGGCAAUUUCUUCGAUGCUUCGAAGUGUGGCAGCAAACAGUACUCACUAAGUGCCUGUCCCUCACUAAGGACCAGCCUGUGUCUGCGACUAAGGUUGUUCAAGUACGACAUGCGCAUGAAUGCCCCAAAACAGUGAUACUGACAGUCUGUCUUUGCUUAGCUAUUGCGGCUGAGGACCAGGACAGGGUUCGUGGCAGUAAAGAGUGGUCGUUUUUGCUCUGUGUUUUGCUGCAAAUCUCAAUCACGUCCAUUGCUGUUUGGGAAGCACUUAAGGCUUGUUUGAGGGCAGUGUUUCGUCAAGCCGAGGAUCUCCUCAGGCCGAGACGCCAAGCCCCAGAAACUGUAGAGCUUUUCAUUCCUGAACAGCCCGAAGAUGAGUGUGAAGGCCCAGAUCUUGAUGAGGCCCCCAGGCGAAGGUCCCCGAAAGUAGCGCAGCAGGCGCAUGAUGUAGAGCCUCAAGGCCGCCCUAUCACAUUUGCCUUUGCUGAUGAUGAAGUUCAGGUGUUUGUGCCAGGCCCAGCAAUCGCACACGCGAACCCGCCUGAGCCUAUGCUAAGAGCUCUAGUAAACGCCCAGCCUAGAGGUCCUUUUUCAAGCGAGGCCCCUACGGCUCGGCUUCCCACCUGUUCCACCCUACGUCCUCAGGGUAGGCUGGCCCGCCCCCACGCUGCAGCCAACUAUGAGAGUUAA